AUGAGCACUGAUGUGGUGCCACAGACUCUGCGGAACAACCAGGCAGGGAAGGAAUGCAAGGCUGGCGUUGGUUUGCAGAGGGAUGAGGAUGACAUUCUUCUGUGUGAAGAUGCGAAGCAGCAAGAGAGUGACCUGUUAGCUGAAGAAAGAACAUUUUUGGAAGAGUUUCCCAUCUUGAAAGGGGAGCUGGAAGUGGGCAUCAGAAAGCUCCGUGCCCUUGCAGACCACGUCGACACAUCCCACAGAACACUCACCAAGACCGGCGUGGUGGCCAAUUCCAUCGCUGUGGUCUCAGGAGCCAUGAGCAUCCUUGGCUUGGCCCUCGCUCCGGCAACAGCAUUAGGAAGCCUGGUACUCUACGCUGCUGGUAGAGUUUUGGGGACAGCAGGGGAGGUCACCAGCAUCUUGACCAACGUUUUGGAACACUUUCACAGUCAAGAAGCCCGAGCUCAGGUCGGUAGCCUAAUGCCCACCGGUGGUCAAGAGGUCAGGAGAGCUGGGGCAGCCUAUGUCGUGGCUGCCGGAAAAGUGGUCCAGGAUUGUGGAAGCACCAUCAAGGAUAUCCGGAAGAGCAUCCGUGCCUUUCAGAUAGCCAGGGCCCACCCACGCCUGGCCACUGCCGCCAAGCGUCUCCUGACCACUGGCCAAGUCUCAGCCCGCAGGACCAGGCAGGUGCAACGGGCCUUUGAAGGUACCACACUGGUGAUGAAAACAAACGCGCGCUUGCUGGGUAGUGCGAUGGCUGGCUUCUCCCUCAGCGUGGACUUGGCCUCCCUCCUGAAGGACUGGAAGCAGCUGAAGGCGGGGGCAAAAACAGAGCUUGCAGAAGAGCUAAGGGCCCAGGCUCGGGAGCUAGAAGGGAAGCUGACAGAACUCACCCAGCGCUAUGAGAGCCUGCAGCAGGAGAAACUCUUGCAAGAAAAAAAGUCUAUGAGCUCCUCUUUGGAGGGAACCACGGGGAUUGUACCUCUGCCACCAGCCGGGCAUGGGGAAGCAGGAUCCCAGGUGACAGAAGAGGAUGAAGACAAUUGA